ACACGUCACGGUUGCGUGUGUGUCUUGUGAACGUGAGUCCGCCUCUCUACAGAAAAGCAGAAACGUCGGUUAUUAUUUUUUUUAAUUAAUUAUUAUUUUUUUUGCUUGUUUGUGGUUCCGAAAUUACCAUAAACCCACCAAACCGUUUACCCGUCCGCUGUAAGAGUAUGGGAAGAGGCGUUUGGAGUCGCAGCUUGGCAUUAGACGCGUUUUAUUUCCCCCGAAAAAAACAAAACAAACCCCAAAAAAAAUCCUGACUUUGUCUUUGCUAGCAGAAGUUCUGUUGUUAUGAAGCGGUUAGACGUUUAAGUUUUAACGGAGAGACGUUUUAAGAGACGUUUAAGUUUCGGAAAAGCCUUUUUGUGUCGAUCUGUAGUUAUCAAAUUGCUGGCUUGGCACUAUUUCUGUUUUUUUUUUGAGGAGGGGGGGGGGGGCCCAAAACGUCAUCUCGUUCCUCGAAGAAUUACGUUAUAGCAAAUUUUUCUUGCGACUCAAAACACGUUCACACGUCUUGCCGAGGAUGUGGGUAACCUGCACGUUCGCAAAAAACCGAAAGGAAACGCUAAAUUUAUAGAAAUAACAUCGCAAAGUAGUGAUAGUCACGGUCGUAGUCAUACACACGAUUCCAGGUUUCGUUUUGUUAUUAAAACGAGCUCUCUUUUCCCCCCCCCCGUAUCUUGCAAUAAUACGUUUUAUGUAAUUGCAUCUUUUAUUUAAAUGGUAGAGAGGAGGGGUUGCUGUCGAAUGGACAAAAAAAAAUCCACAUUUUCAACGGCGCGCUGCUUUAAUUUGGGCAGAACUCUUUACAAAAACCGUCUCCCUCCUUUGCAGAGAUGGCCAGCAGGAUGCUGUCGCUUGUGAAUUUAAGGACGGUCGUUUUUUCCGGUUCUGGGAGCAGGCAGGUUACCGUGGCAACCCGGUUCCGGUCUACUUCCGUCACGGACCAUACCGAACUGGCACGCGAACGCUCCAAGACCGUGACGUCUUUCUACAACCAAUCGGCGAUCGACAUUGCGUCGAGCAAGCCCUCUGUACGCCUCACCCCAACCACAAUGCUGUACUCUGGAAAAUCUCCCGAUGGGAGCCAUAUACUGAAGAGCGCCCACUAUUUGCACAAGGAGCUACCAGUUCGGAUCGCUCAUCGAAUCAAGAGCUUCCGCGGUCUUCCCUUCAUCAUUGGCUGUAACCCAACCAUCCUACAGGUGCAUGAACUGUACAUCCGGGCCUUUCAGAAGUUAAGCGAAUUCCCUCCUAUCAAGGACCGCGAGGUGGAAGAAAAGUAUUGCAAGCUUCUGAGACAGCUGCUGGACGACCACAAGGACGUCGUGACACAGCUGGCUGAAGGAUUUCGGGAAUGCAGAAAACACGUCCAGGAGGAGUCUGUGCUCAGUCAGUUUCUUGAUAAGACCCUGACGUCCCGGCUGGGGAUUCGAAUGCUGGCCACUCACCAUCUCGCCCUGCACGAGGACAAGGGGGUGCUGGGGUUCGCAGAGGAGCUAGCUGACUAUAAGAAGCCUGAUUUUGUUGGCAUAAUCUGCACUCGAUUGUCUCCCAAGAAAAUCAUUGAGAAAUGGGUUGAUUUCGCCAGGCGUCUGUGUGAACACAAAUACGGGAACGCUCCCCGCGUCCGGAUCAACGGCCACGUCGCGGCUCGCUUUCCAUUCAUUCCAAUGCCUCUGGAUUACAUCCUGCCGGAACUGCUCAAGAACGCAAUGAGAGCGACGAUGGAAAGCCACCUGGACACUCCAUACAACGUUCCGGACAUCCUGGUUACAAUCGCCAACAACGACGUCGACAUCAUCAUCAGGAUCUCCGAUCGUGGGGGUGGGGUCCCUCACAGCAUCCUGGAGAAGGUCAUGGAUUAUCACUUCACCACGGCCGAGUCCAGCUCUCAGGACCCUCGCAUGACCUCUAUGUUUGGGAACAUGGUGGACAUGGUCAACAGCGGCCAGUCGGGACCGAUGCACGGUUUCGGUUUUGGGUUGCCCACGUCCCGCGCCUACGCAGAAUACCUGGGGGGGUCCCUCACCAUUCAGUCACUGCAAGGGAUUGGGACGGACGUUUAUCUGCGAUUCAGACACAUCGAGGGAAAGGGGGAGAGCUUUCGAAUUUAAAUCCACUCAUCACCUCACACAGACCAGGAAACCUUCACAAUCUAACCUGCACAGCAGUGUGAUCCAUUCCAGGUUUUACUACCAGCUUGAUCAGCCCCCAGUGUGUCUAGGUAACAAGCUCAGGUGUGUCUUAUAAUUAAACUCCUAGUGAAACCAGGACUGGAUCACACUGCUGUGGAACGCGAGACUGAUUCCCAGCCCUGUUUUUUUUAUGUAUAUAUUGUUUAAGGCCUGUCUUUCAGCUGUGAAAGAACAUUUUUCUUUACAGUAAAUGUAUAUGUUGUUCCACAACGUUUUUGGAGAAUUAUCGGGGACCUUUCAGACCCGUGCCAAGGACCCCAGUUUCAGACCUGGUGCAGAGGGGUGCUCACCCCAUUUUGACACACAAAUCUAUCAGAACGCUCGCUUCUGUACGAAAUCAAAUCACUGGAACUGAAAAUCGAAGUUAAAUGCUCUGGUCUGAUUUUUAAUUAAUGACACUGGGCCAGCCACAAAUGGUGAAAUGCAUGAGACCUUUUUCGUUGCCUAAUUAAAACGUUUUAACAAUUUACCAAACGGAAAUUGAAUUUCUCUCGGUUUGCAUGCAGGCCGUCCUGUCAAGUUCUGAUAGAUUUACACCCCUCCCUGACUGCUUGGGGGCAGAUGUAAACGUGUAAUAACUACCUAAGAUGUUUGUUAAAUGAUUCACCAUCAGAUGAAUCGCAACCCACGACAUUUUGUGACGAUGAGGAGUUUCACGUGUAAUAUCUGAAACACCACAACAAAAAAAUAAUAAUAAACGGUUUCAAAAUUAAUAAAUGGUGUGUUUUUUUUCUGUAA